AUGUUGGAACAACCGCUGGAGCUCGAUUCAUCGCCCUCGACACCAGGAGAACAGGAAGAAGGAGAAGAAGAAGAGUCUAUUGGUAAAUUGCUAGCGGACACCUCUUUUGAAAGGGACCGGCAUUUGAUGUUCUUGCGGAUGAUGUACCAGAUGCUACCGCAUCAUUACCAGUCUCAAGAGAUCAAUCGCCUUACUCUUGCCUAUUUCGCCAUCUCCGGCCUCGACAUAGUUGGUUCGCUAGAUACAGUUGACAAAGAUGAAGUUGCGAGUUGGGUUUUAUCGUUCCGAGCUUACCCUAAAGAUAUUGCUGAAAUUAACGAUGGAGAAUUCUAUGGGUUUAAUGGCUCCCGAUCUUCUCAAUAUCCUUCAGACGAUGCUGGGGGUUUCAGUAACAAUCAUAGUCAUUUGGCAAGUACAUACUGUGCUUUAUCCAUACUGAAGAUUGUUGGUUACAAUUUGUCCAGUAUUGAUUGGAGACCAUUGUUAAUGACGAUGAGAAACUUACAACAACCUGAUGGCAGUUUUCUUCCAAUUCAUAUUGGGGCAGAGACAGAUCUUCGGUUUAUUUACUGUGCUGCCGCCAUCUGCUUUAUGUUGGAUGAUUGGAGUGGAAUGGACAGGGAUAAAGCCACUGAAUACAUCUUAAAAUGCAAGGCAUACGAUGGUGGCUUUGGGAUGACCCCAGGUGCCGAAUCUCAUGGUGGUGGAACUUAUUGUGCUGUUGCAUCCCUUCAACUAAUGGGAUCCAUUGGAGUUGAUCUCUUGUCCAGCCGUGCAAGUUCUUCCAUACUGGACAUUCCACUAUUACUGGAGUGGUGCUUACAGAGGCAAGCAUCCGAUGGUGGAUUUCAAGGUAGAUCAAAUAAGCCGAGCGACACUUGUUAUGCAUUCUGGGUUGGGGCGGUUUUGAAGAUCUUGGGGUCCGGCAAACUAAUUGAUGAGAAAGCUUUACGUGGAUUUUUGCUCACCUGCCAAUCUGAGUAUGGCGGGUUCUCUAAGUUUCCAGAUGAGCUACCUGAUCUCUACCAUUCCUACUAUGGAUUCAUUGCCUUCAGCCUCUUGGAAGAACCGGGCCUCAGUUCAAUCUGCGUUGAACUUGGGAUAACUGAUGCUGCUGCUUUGAGAAAGUGA